AUGCAUGCCAAUACAUCUGCCGCAGACGAAGACCCAAAAUGUCUGGAUUCUAGUAUCACUUCCUGUACGACAGUUACUGGGGGUAAUAAUGGGGGUAAUAAUGUUGAUGACAUGUCUCAGACCUCUGCGGAAGAAGUUGCAGAUUCGAUACUUAUAAAAAUAUGUUCAUCAAACGCUACAGAAAUACAUUUAGUUUUCGAUUGCUAUUUAUCACAGUCAAUAAAAGAUUCCGAACCCCAGAGUCGAAAAGAGUUCGAUAUUCCCUACAAAAUUUCCGGACCUCAACAAACUAGACCUAAAGAUUUUUUUGCAAAGCCCUAA